CUCCUCGCGCUUCACUUCGCAGACUCCGCUGCUGCCGCUUCGUCGUGUCGAGCCGCAGGUCCCUCCGUCCGACCCGCAGCCCGACCUCCACGCGCACAGGACCGGCUCCACAGCGACCCCCCCACCGAGAGUCCACCGACCCCCCCACACACCACUUCUAUACAACCAGAGGAUUCGCCCCUGGUGGCCAGGAGAGAGAAUACUUGAGGCUUCAAGACGGCAGUCCAUGACUCGAUGUGACAUCACGUGACAAACAGCCAGCAUCAUGGGGAAAGGCUGCCUGACGGCGACCAAGUACUUCCUGUUCCUCUUCAACCUCAUCUUCUUUCUCUGCGGCGCCGUCAUCAUGGGCUUCGGUCUGUGGCUCCUGCUGGACAACCAGAGCUUCAUCGUGGUCCUGAAUAACUCCACGUCGGUGAAGGUGGCGUGCUACAUCCUGAUUGGCGUCGGGGCGUUUUCCAUGCUCAUGGGCUUCCUCGGCUGCCUGGGGGCCAUUUAUGAGAUCCGCUGUCUGCUCGGCCUGUACUUCACCUGCCUGCUGCUGAUCCUCAUCGCGCAGGUGGUAGCCGGCGCGCUCAUCUACUUCCAGAAGGACGUGUUACACGAAGAGACGUCCAAGAUCGUCACCAAGGUGCUGGACGACUACCCCGGCAACAACUCCGCCACGGAGCAGGCCUGGGACUUCAUCCAGAGGACUAUGCUGUGCUGCGGCUGGACCGGCCGUGUGGACUGGAGCGGCAACCAGUUGAUCGUGAACAGCUCCCAGCUGCUGUUCCCCUGCUCCUGCCAGAACGCCUCUCUGGCCUCGGGGAACGUCUCCCACAGCGGCUUCUGCGAGGCGCCGACGGCCGACUGGCCCGUCUACGAGGCGGGUUGCGCCGCCAGCGUGGAGAGCUGGCUCUUCACCAACAUCGGGGUGGUGCUGGGCAUCUGCCUCGGCGUGGCUCUGAUUGAGCUGCUGGGGAUGGUCUUGUCCAUCUGCUUGUGCAGGAACGUUCACACAGAGGAAUACACCAAAGUGCCCAAGUACUAACUGGUUGAACUGGGCGGAAACACAGGAGGAGAAGCAGAGUAAAAUAAUGCGUUUGUUUCCUUUCCCUGGAUUUCACCCACAACAUUCUGUCCAAAUGUAAAAUAAUUAUAUUUCUCGUUAGUUUAUCCUUUUUGAGGCACUUCUUCUUUUUUUCUUCGCAGCACUUUAGAGUCUCUUUGGACCAGAGCCGUGCUCAACGUGUUUUUGGUUUAAACAUUUUUUUUAGAGGAACUCACCUGUAAAUUAUCACUUCACGGUUUUAGUUUUCCCGCCCAAAAAAUGCGAAGAGAAAUCACGUUGAAAUCGAGCGACGUGGUUUCAGUGGGAACUUAAACCCUCUGUGUGGCGUUUAUUCUGUAUUUUGUUCCUUUUUUAAAAAAAUACACCAGCGUUUUGAGUUAUUGUGAAAUUAUUUGAGUACUUUGUAUAUAAUUUAAGUUUAUGUGUGUGAAUUUGAAUCCCAUACAUUGUGCCAGGGUUUUUCUUUAGCAGCGCUUUGCUUGAUUUUUGUUUUGAAAAAUAAACAUAGAAAUAAUGAGAAACUAAAGAGGAAGAUUUAUGAUGCCGUUUCUUUUAAAGCAUCUCUCAGUUUACAAUUGUCUCUGACGACAAGCAAGAGAACGUUUUUCUUUUUUAAAAGUUGCUUUUAGUUUAUAUUUUAUCCACUUUAAUGAGAAAAAAAACAGUUUGAGGAGUGAAAUAUUUCUUUUAACCAUUUUUUUUUUAAAAGUAUGAGGAAAAGGGGACAAUUAUUUUGGAGCUGAAGACAUAUUUUUUGGGAGAUCCAUCUUGGAAAUUUGUUUAUAGAGAAAAAUCAUUUGAAAUUCAUUUAUGUAAAAUUUUUAACUUUAAGCCGAGAUGUUUUGGUGUUUUUAUAAUGUACAAAAUCCACCUUCCUGUUUCUUUGAUGUACAGUGUAUGAAAAACAUCCCAAUAACCGUGUCGUAGUUUCUAAAAGACGUCACUCGACGACUUCUGGUAGCUGGAUUAGUUUGUAACAUUCUUUCAUUUUGCCAAUAAAAAGAUUACAGCAGUU